AGCAAGGCAGAGAAGCCGGGACGCGGCUGCCAAGCGCAGCCCCACAGCGGGUCUGAGCUGCCGGGAUCUGUCCCAGCAUCCCCUAGCUUAGAGCUCUGAUUGCUCCCUCCACUGGCUUCCAGGAUUCUUUACCCUUUGAUCACCCUCACAUUCCGCUUCUUUCCCCUGGCGACUCGAGAUCUUCAGAGACUGCUCUGGGGCAUGUAACCACACACACGCACACGCGCACACACGCACACGCGCGCGCACACACACACACACACACUCACUGACACACACAGAGCGUCUCCCUCCAGCUCUCGCCUCCAAGUCCACCACCCCUCGGUUCCCAGGCGGCCGAUAUGCUCAAGCCGCGAGACCCCGGAGGAUCGUCUUUCCUGAAAGUGGACCCAGCCUACUUGCAGCACUGGCAGCAACUCUUUCCCCAGAGCGCCCCGCUCAAGGGCAGCGGAGGCGGCGGCGGCGGCGGCGGCGGCGGCGGCGUCUUGGGUCAGCCGCCACCGCUACCUCUGCCAUCGCCGGCGCCCGAGCGCGCUGAGCCCGUGUCAGACAGCUUCCGCCCGCGCCCUGCCUCUCUGUCCUCUUCGGCCUCCUCCGCCUCUUCCACUCCGGCUUCUUCGACAACCUCUACUGCAGCCUCGGCCUCUUCGUCUUGCGUAAACGCUUCCGCGGCUACCGCCGCCUCCCUGGCCGGCCUGGCCGCCCUGCCGGUGGCCCAGCUCCCGGUCUUCGCGCCGCUCUCCAGUUCCGAGGUGCUGCCCUCCGGAGCUCUGCCGGGCAAGGACUUAUGCGUCGGUUCCUGCUCGGUCUCCGGUUCCAAGUGUAGCAGCGGGGCUGCCGCCUGCGACCGGGGAACCCCUCGAUUUCGUUGCACAGCCGAGGAGUUGGACUAUUACCUGUACGGCCAGCAGCGCAUGGAGAUCAUCCCUCUCAACCAACACACCAGCGACCCCAAUAACCGUUGCGACAUGUGUGCUGACAACCGUAAUGGCGAAUGCCCCAUGCACGGGCCCCUGCACUCUCUUCGCCGGCUGGUGGGGACCAGCAGCACCGCCGCCGCCGCGCCCCCGCCGGAGAUCCCGGAGUGGCUUCGAGACCUGCCUCGGGAGGUGUGUCUGUGCACCAGCACCGUGCCCGGUCUGGCGUAUGGGAUCUGCGCUGCCCAGCGGAUCCAGCAGGGCACCUGGAUUGGACCGUUUCAGGGGGUGCUUCUCCCCCCAGAGAAGGUGCAGACAGGAGCUGUCAGAAACACCCAGCACCUCUGGGAGAUAUAUGACCAAGAUGGGACGCUGCAGCACUUUAUUGAUGGCGGGGAGCCCAGCAAGUCAAGCUGGAUGAGGUACAUUCGAUGCGCUCGGCACUGCGGAGAACAAAAUCUAACGGUGGUCCAGUACAGGUCCAACAUAUUCUACCGAGCCUGCAUCGACAUCCCCAGGGGCACCGAGCUUCUGGUGUGGUACAAUGACAGCUACACCUCUUUCUUCGGGAUCCCUCUACAGUGCAUCGCCCAGGAUGAAAACCUGAAUGUCCCUUCAACCGUAAUGGAAGCCAUGUGCAGACAAGACACCCUGCAGUCCUUUAACAAAAGCAGCAAGCUCUCUCCUGCCACUCCACCACGCUCUGUAGUUUUUCCACAGACUCCGUGUAGCCGGAAUUUCUCUCUCCUGGAUAAGACUGGGCCCAUCGAGUCAGGGUUUAACCAAAUCAAUGUAAAAAACCAGCGAGUUCUUGCAAGCCCAACUUCAACCAGCCAACUCAACUCUGAGUUUAGUGACUGGCACCUUUGGAAAUGUGGACAAUGCUUUAAGACAUUCACUCAGCGGAUCCUUUUACAGAUGCACGUAUGCACCCAGAAUCCUGACAGACCCUACCAGUGUGGCCACUGCUCGCAGUCCUUCUCCCAGCCUUCGGAACUAAGGAACCACGUGGUGACCCACUCCAGCGACAGACCUUUCAAGUGUGGCUACUGCGGCCGUGCCUUUGCCGGGGCCACCACGCUCAACAACCACAUCAGGACGCACACCGGAGAGAAGCCCUUCAAGUGCGAGAGGUGUGAGAGGAGCUUCACGCAGGCCACCCAGCUGAGUCGACACCAGCGGAUGCCCAAUGAGUGCAAGCCAAUAACAGAGAGCCCAGAAUCAAUUGAAGUGGAUUAACUGAUUGACUGGUUGGAAUUAAACUGCAAGGAAAGUCAUGAUUAAAUGUCACGGACACUUAAGCAAAACCAAAGAUUUCCUCUGAGCAACUUUCAAUCAGCCCCAGAAAACCAAAAGCAGUAAUAAAAUAAGUAAGAUGUUAAGAGCUAUUGAUCCUGGCAUGGACGUGAGACCAGGAAAGAACUUAUUUAUUUAUGACUAGGGAUGAGACUGGCUUCAUGGACACGGAACCUGGGACAGCUCCCAUCGCUGGUCCCUCCAUGCAUUUGCUUUCUUUCUAAGAGCUUUGAAGAGUUGUUGUUCAGAACCAAAGUGGGGGAUCGGAGGGGUUCUUCUGCCCACGCCGAGGACUGGGAAUGCACAACGGACUCGUUUCUCGCUCUCCUUUUUAGUGUCGUGACUCGGUGGACCCAGACGCAAAGGCCUCCUUUCUGCUGGCUCAUUCUGGUCUGGCUUGCUACUGGCAGUGACCACACCUGAAGGGGGCCUCUGGGAACACGAGUUUCCCCUUCAGACUGAAAGCUGUUUCCUUCCCGUAGUUUCUGUGCUUGCCCUUCCAUACUUUGUACGUGGCUCCACUCCCUCAGCAGCUUGGUCUUGACGCAGAAGAGCCCCCCAGAAGAAGGAAGAAGAAGAUGGAAAAUGGAAGACAGGGAGACGGGGGGAGGGACAGAGGAAUUAUUUUUGGUUCUGUCAGGGGGUAUUUUAGGACUUCAGCUUCAUCAAACAGCAUUAUUGUUCCAAAUCAGCUAGUAAAGAAAACUGGUUUUCCGUAACAUUUUGGCUUCGAAAACGCUAAAUAAAAAUUGUCAGCAUGAAGCCCGAUGGCCAAUAUUAGGCUUCAAGCACUUGUAGAAAAGUGCUGCAGAGGCCCAGAGAACCCAAGGCUCAGUCUUCCAAGCGUUUGUUCUCUUUGCUGCCCCGCCAUGUCUGGGGGGAGGCGUAGAUGCUUUCUCAUUUACUGGCUGAGGGUUGGGGCUCUCCUUAUCGAAGACGCACUGAGAGAAUAGGGCAGUGAGGGGGCUAUUAAGCCAUAGAAGCCAAGCAGCACAGAGCUGCAGAGCUCGCUCAUUCAUGGGAAUUCUCUGCCCAAAUCCUCAGGCCCUUGGCUAAUUCUUCUCCCUACAGACUGAUAGAUUGGCAGGCUAAAACUCCAGGGGCCAAACUUCCCAAUUGUUCUCUGGGAGAGUAAAGAAGUGGCAUCUCCUGGGGAGAGAUGCUCAAUUUCUCCCUCCAACAGACCUGUCUCAUGCUAUGGAGCUUGACCUAGGAUUGCCUGGUAGCUCAGGAGGGGCUUUACGCCUCUGCCUUCCCACUCCUGCAGCCAUUGUUCCUCUGCUUCAGCCCAAGCCUGGUACCAGCUCCUCACUCUGCACUGUUCUCCAAGGGGCCUCUGGACCACGGAAGCCUCUUGUAGCAUUUCCAAGUCACUCACUCACACACACACAGCUGGAACAUCUGGCAUUCCUGUGACUACCACAAAGUACUUGCUCUCUCUUUUCAUCACCAGAGAAGCAUAGUGCACUGUGUCAAUUGAUUUUUAAAAGGACAGAGAACGACAUGCUUACCCUGAAUUAAUGCUUUCCUUUCCCCUGCUCAGGAACUCGGGCCUUGUUCUAAUUUUACUUCCCCAUCUCCAAGCUCUCUGCCCACCCCCUUUACAUCUCUACAGUAGAAUAACAGGGCGAUGGCUUGACUUUACUAAGCGCUGAGUUCUUGGGAAAUAUUACUGCAGUUUUUCUGCCACAGAAAACAGUGUCCAAUUCAGACUCUAAUCCUCAAUCUUAAGUCACUUGGUGAAAUCCUCCCCCAAUGCUUAUUCUCUUGCUGUCCUUUUUUCUUGAUGCAAUAAAAACGAUUCUAGGCAUUAACGUCUUGGGUAAUUGAGGGGGGAAAGCCUACCUGAGCUGCCACUUUCCAUAAUUGGCCUUACAGGGGAAGACAUAGGAGAGGAAGUGCCCAGAGCUUAAUUCAAUGCAUGUAAGCAAAUGUAAUAAGCAGGAAGUCCAUAAUUUGAGGAUGGCUCACUUUUGGAUGUACUCUUUAAAUAGGAUAAUUAGAGUUGAAGGACCUAAAAUGAGUGUUACUUGGAUUUUUGAGUUGGUUUAGCCAUUCAAAUCAGCUCAACAAGGCUUCUUUGAUAUGAAUCCUGGUCUCUGAAUGCAAAGAAGGGGGGACAGCGAGAGAGAGAGAGAGAGAGA